AUGAAUUUCCCUUACAAACAUGUUCUGCUUAUCGGAGCUACCUCUGGUAUUGGAUUGGCAAUGGCUAAUAAAAUGCUCAAACAUAAUAUCGAAGUGACUGCCAUGGGCCGGCGUCAAGAUCGCCUGGAUGCAUGGGUUCAAGAAAAUGGUGACGACAAAGCCCACGCAGUGGCAUUUGAUAUCGGCCAAAUUGAUGCUAUCCCUCAAAUGGUAACUCGUCGGUAUCCUAACAUAGACUGUGUAUUCAUCAAUGCCGGUUUUCAGCGGGCAACUGACUUUACGUCCGCCGAUUCUGUUGAUCUAUCCAUUUAUAAUCAGAUAAUGCAUAUCAACUAUACUGCUGCAGUCUCACUCGCUACCGCCUUUCUUCCUUUCUUGUCUGGGAAGGAGAAUGCCACAAGCAUUAUCUUCACCCAGUCCAACCUUGCAAUUGUUCCGGCUCCUUCUUUGCUCGGCUACUGUGCAUCCAAAGCGGCAUUAAAUACGUUCGCUAUGUGUCUACGGUGUCAAUUGACUGACGCUCAUUCGCAAGUUAAAGUGAUUGAACUUUUCCCGCCAGCUGUUCAAACGGAACUGCAUGAUUAUAUAGGCCCUGAACGGGGCCGUCAAAUGGGAAUGCCCUUAGACGAAUUUACGGACCAGGCCUGGGCUGGACUUUCCAGUGGAGAUGACGAGGUUUUCGUCGGUUUCAUACCCCCCAAGGAGCGCUUCUUUUCAAUCGCUCGUGAACGUCGUGCGGCUUGUGAAGAUCUGAGCCAGCAAAUCAAAGAGCUGCACAAGAAGGACGUCUAGACAACUUAUUCAAUAAUGAAUCCAGCUCACUAAUUUUUUCCCAAUUGAGACAAGUCAAGUUCAGUUGGGUUGAAGAGCCGGAUUGAUUGAAAUUUUUGAAAUAUACGGAGAAUGUAUUUGUGAAAUAACUUGUCAGCUG